AUGACGGCUCCAUCAGAGGAAGGCAGCAAAAAGAAGAAAGAGGCCUCGUCUGAGGGAAAUGUGCGAGUCGUUCUCCGUGUGCGGCCAAUGGCAAAAUACGAAUUGGAAAAAGGCUGCAAACAAGUGGUUUUCAAGGUUCCAGUAGCAGAUCCUGACUCUGAUGGCCCUGAAGCAGUCCAGGUGAAUCAGCCCGACAAAAGAUUCUUUGAAUUGGAUGCUGUGUUGGAUGAAAGCUUUAGUCAACAGCAAUUGUAUGAAAAGUCAGGUGCUUACAAUGCAAUUUCCGAAGACCUGUUCAAGGGUUUCAAUUGUACCAUCUUGGCAUAUGGACAAACGGGAGCAGGAAAGACAUUCUCCAUGGGAACCGCUGCUGGUCAAGAUCCAGAAAUUAAGGAAAUGGAUGGUGUGAUUCCAAGAGCUUGUAUGGAUUUGUUUGUGAAUAUCAUGACCAAAUGUGACGGAAAUGCACAAGUGGAAUUGAGCUAUCUUGAGGUUUAUAAUGAAGAAAUUAGAGAUUUGAUGACCGCAGAUUCGUCUGGCCAGCAACUGCGAAUUAGAGAAACUCUGAAUGGUGAAAUCUAUGUGCGUGGAUUGACUGCUGUGGCCGUAGCAGGUCCGGCCGAGGUGGGUAAACUAAUGGAAGAAGCCAGUGGUCGGCGUGUGGUAGCAUCGACGAAAAUGAAUGCUACCAGCUCUAGAAGUCAUGCCAUAUGCGUUUUGCGCAUCAAGGGAGUCUUGGACGAUACCAAGUUUCAAUCUAAAUUAACGUUGGUAGAUCUGGCGGGAAGUGAACGUAUGGCCAAGACGGGUGCUGAAGGAAGUCGAGCCAAGGAGGGAAUUAGUAUUAACAAGGGAUUGUUUGUACUGGGACAAGUUGUGGGAGCAUUGGCCGAACAGCGACCCAAAUACAAGCGAAAGCCUCCAUUUCGUGAUUCCAAGCUGACUCGAUUGCUUCAAGAUUCCUUGGGAGGAAACUCACGUACCAUUAUGAUUGCCUGUUGUAGUCCAGCUGACUUUAAUACAGAAGAAACCGUUAAUACGCUCCGUUAUGCCACACAGGCACGAAAUAUCAAAAACUCGGCGACUGCCAAUGUCAUCAAGACGAUUUCUCAAGAAGAGGCCAUGAAGUUGCAGCGUGAAAAUACAUUGCUCAAGCAAGAGGUUGCAGAACUACAAGAGACGAUUCGAAAAUUGACAGAGGACUCCGAUGUGACACCAGAAGAGAUGAAUCGAAGUAUGGAUAUGAUCAAGGCCGAACAAGCAAACCAUGGUGGUAGUUCGGAUCGCAGCAAACACUUGGCAUCGAUUCCAAGUCAAGAAGAAUUGGAGCCUGAUGGUGCUCUGCCAGAAGAUGACGAUGUGCCAAUCAAGAAUAUGGAUGAAGUCAAGGAAGAAACAACUGGAAAUGAUGAUAGGGAAACGACGAGCAUGGGCAUCGACGAUGUCUUCUCCAAGCAGAAUGACGAUAACGUCAGUGUCCUUACUGACCGUGAUAAGAAAUCGUAUUCUGAUUUGGAGGCUGAAAACAAUGCCUUGCAUCUCAAGUUACGCCAAGCUCAGAGGGAUGUCAAGGCGUCUGUACGAGAUUCCGCCAUUGAACUUCCAGCACUCAAGGUCCGUGUCAUGAUGUUGGAAGACGAACUGGAAAACAGUCACGCACUCGAGGCUGAAACGGAAGAAUUGCAGGCAGAACUGGAACAAGCCAGAGACGACCGCAAGUCUGCCUUACUAGCAGCCCGACAACUGUCCGAUUUCAUGGAAAAGCAAAAGAGUGUUACUGGAUUCCGUGGAGACGAAAUCAAUAAGGACCGUAUGAUGUACUUUAACAAGCGUUUGGAAGAGCGCUGGGUCAAUUUUGUUGUGGUUAUGCUGGCCUCUUUCAAAGAGCAAAUGAGACUGCUGGGAGACUACUUUGAAAUGGUCGUUCGAGUGGUGGAAUCUCCGGAUAUCUUGACCAUGAUAAGGCCAACUGUGAAUGCUGGUGCCGGAUGGUGGGGGAAUCGAAAUCGGGAAAAGCAAAUUGUGGAAGAAAAGGAAUUACGGCAAAGGUUGCUGUCAGAGCACAUCAAAUUCUUCAAUUCACGACUGCUCGAAGUGGAAGACGAAAUCGAGAAUCGGUCAGAAAGUGUGGAAGGCAUCAAGGAUGCGCUAAGCGUGGAGCGGGAAAGUAUUGAACAAGAUUUGGUUGCGGAACAGUUAUUCCAUGAUGUCUUUUCGAAACAAGGCGAGAAGUUACUGAAGCACAUGACAGAGCUCAUGACGGGUCCACUCUUUUCGUUACCCAUGGUGCCAGCCGUUUGA